CAACCACCACCGCCACCGCCCCCCGCCGCCAAUCCCCCAGCCCUCGGGGAACGCGCCCCCGGACCUGGCCUCCGGGAUGGCCCACAUUCGCGGGCCUCUGGGUUCCCCACUCCUCUGAGAACUGCCGCCUACCCUGGAACCCGCUGUGCGGGGGCGCCAGCCCGCAGCGAUGAGCUGGGCCGAGUUGUAAAACCUGGGAAUUCGGAUGUGAAGAAGGGUCUGACCUGUUGCCGGAGGGAAAAAAGAGCUGGAAACGUCUGAAACCCCUGGCUGAGCGAGAGAGAGAGGAAAAAAAAGAGAGAGCGAGCUGUACAGUUGUGUGCCUUGUGGAGAUUUUUUUUCCAUAUUAAAAAAACAAAAUCCUGUGCUACCGUCAUCUUCGUUGAGGAAAUCAGCAAGAAUCACUGAAACGUAACUGAAGGAAGAAGGGAACAUAAUCUGCAAAAUCCAUGCAGCAAAGGCGAUUUUUUUCUAAAAGGACGUUAUUCUGGUGAUCAUUAAGGUUGCAACUCCAGUAAACUUUGGGGUGGGGGCAGGGUGGGAGGGGGAUUUGUAUUUGUUUCCCCCCUCUCUCCCACUGAGCCUUCCUCCCUAAUCAUGAUGUUUCGAGAUCAGGUCGGAGUGCUGGCAGGUUGGUUUAAAGGCUGGAAUGAAUGUGAACAGACUGUUGCUUUGCUGUCCCUUUUAAAGCGGGUGAGCAGGACCCAGGCUCGCUUUCUUCAGAUCUGCCUGGAGCAUUCCCUGGCGGACUGCACUGAGCUUCACAUUCUCGAAGGAGAAGCCAAUAACCCCGGAAUCAUUAACCAGUGGCAGCAGGAAUCCAAGGAUAAAGUGAUUUCCCUUUUAUUAACUCACCUGCCUUUGCUGAAGCCAGGAAACAUUGAAGCAAAAGUGGAGUACAUGAAACUGUUGCCUAAAAUCCUGGCUCACUCCAUUGAACACAACCAGCAUAUAGAAGAAAGCAGGCAACUCCUGUCUUAUGCUUUGAUCCACCCGGCCACUUCACUAGAAGAUCGGAGUGCUUUAGCCAUGUGGUUGAAUCACUUAGAGGACCGCACAUCAGGGAGUUUCAGCAGUCAGAACAGAGGUCGGUCUGAUUCUGUGGAUUAUGGGCAGACACACUAUUAUCACCAAAGACAAAACUCUGAUGACAAGCUCAAUGGAUGGCAGAACUCUCGGGAUUCUGGGAUAUGCAUCAGUGCCUCCAACUGGCAGGACAAAAACCUGGGCUGCGAGAAUGGCCACCUGCCCCUGUACUCUUCAUCUUCAGUCCCCACCACAAUCAAUACCAUUGGGACUAGUAGCAGCAGCACAAUUCUCUCAGGCCAGGCACAUCACAGCCCUUUGAAACGAUCUGUAUCCCUUACCCCACCCAUGAAUGUGCCAAACCAGCCUCUAGGACAUGGAUGGAUGUCUCAUGAGGACUUACGAGCUAGAGGACCCCAGUGCAUCCCAUCCGAUCAUGCCCCCCUGUCUCCACAAAGCAGUGUAGCCUCUUCAGGAAGUGGUGGGAGUGAACACUUAGAAGAUCAGACUACUGCUCGUAACACAUUCCAAGAAGAAGGUAGUGGUAUGAAAGAUGUUCCCGCCUGGUUGAAAAGCCUCCGCCUGCACAAAUAUGCUGCGCUUUUCUCCCAGAUGACCUAUGAGGAAAUGAUGGCUCUCACGGAAUGCCAGCUAGAGGCUCAGAAUGUUACCAAAGGCGCAAGACACAAAAUUGUCAUCAGCAUCCAGAAGCUCAAGGAGAGACAAAACCUGCUAAAGUCUUUAGAAAGGGACAUCUUAGACGGGGGCAACCUGCGUGUCCCACUGCAAGAAUUGCACCAGAUGAUCCUUACUCCAAUAAAAGCAUACUGCUCCCAGAGCUCUAACCCAGAAGAACACAGCCAGGAGUCAGAACCUCGUCAUCAGCCUACUCUGAUUGGUUCCGAUAACCAAGCCCUUGAGUGUAAGGACUCUGCAGCAGGAGGUGGAAUCCAGCAGCAUCACAUGAGUGGCUGUGAAGGAGAAUCUGCAGGGGCACCUCUGCCCGAAGGUGAUCUCCCUGGACAGUUCACAAGAGUCAUGGGAAAAGUGUGUACACAGCUCCUGGUCUCUAGACCUGAUGAAGAAAAUAUAAGUUCCUAUUUACAACUCAUAGACAAGUGUCUAAUUCAUGAGGCAUUUACAGAGACACAGAAAAAAAGAUUGUUGUCAUGGAAACAGCAGGUGCAGAAGCUCUUUCGGUCUUUCCCUCGGAAAACCCUUCUAGACAUAUCAGGAUAUCGACAGCAAAGAAAUCGAGGUUUUGGACAGUCAAACUCCUUACCAACAGCAGGUUCUGUAGGUGGCGGCAUGGGUAGGCGGAACCCACGCCAGUACCAGAUCCCUUCAAGGAAUAUCCCUUCAGCGAGACUUGGCCUAUUGGGUACCAGCGGGUUCAUCAGCUCCACUCAGCGUAGUGCGGCAACCAACCCCACCAUCCUAAAACAAGGAAGACAGAAUCUUUGGUUUGCCAACCCCGGGGGCAGCAACAGCAUGCCAAGUCGAACUCACAGCUCCGUCCAAAGGACUCGUUCCCUGCCAGUUCACUCAUCCCCGCAGACCAUGUUGAUGUUCCAACAGCAAGAGUUCCAGGUUCCAGUGACAGAACCUGACAUCAACAACAGGCUAGAAUCCUUGUGCCUCAGUAUGACUGAACAUGCCCUUGGGGAUGGGGUUGACCGAACCUCCACUAUCUAGAAACUGAAGGAGUUAGUGACCGCGCUGGCCGUGAAAUCGACUGCUGUGGGUCCAGUGUCAGCCAUCUUCAGACUUGCACAGGAUCCUCUGAGAUACUUUGCAACCUUUUUUUUUCCUGGUCCCUCUCCCAUUAUGAUUUUGUGAGAGCGUAGGUCGUUCUUGUAAACAUAUCAUUAGACCCGGGAUUGGUUAUUUUGUCGUUUAUUACGUCAAGAGUAGAACAGCGAGUAGAAUGGAUUGGUGGGGAGUGUGGAGGAGAAGGGAACACAGGGGAGGAGAGGUGGGUCUGGUGAGGGAUUUCCCAGAUGAAAUAAUGGAUGGUUCCAACAGUGAGAGAGAGAUAAAGGAACAUGUCAUCGGGAAACAGAAGACCCUGGCCCCAGGGAAUCCCUGUAGAGAAGAGAGCCUGGCUUCAAAAUCAGUCAAGAUGCAUGUGACCAAAGCAAGGUGGCAUCUCACAGCUUCACCUUUCAUGUCUCUCAUUGAUUGGCUUUUCCUGAGGCUCCAACCUGAACCAGAGAUAUAGAGCUACUUAGGAAAGGGGGUGAAAAGGGAGACAUUUUCCUCCAACUAAAUUUCAGAUAAACUUCAAUUUGUGUAUUGUUUACAUAAUAACAAAUCUAAAGGGUACAUAAUAGGUAAGAUGUCAGUUAGGGCUUCUCAUAUUGUUGUAAAGGAUUUUUGUUCUUAAUGAUGAUAUGGGAUGUUUUUCUCUCUGUUCAUUUUUAAAAUAGCAGCAGGAUUGCAUUUUUAUAAAUGGCUGCCAAGCUCUGCUUCUAGGAAAGAUGGACACUGGCAUGUAGAACUGAUGGGGGUUUUGUUUUUGACUUUGUUUUAACUUUUGAGCGCAGAGGUGUAGGUUGAUGAGAAGGCUGGGGAUGUAGCUUGAAGAGGUGAACAGUGUGGAUGAUGCAAAGAGGAGAGUGUCAUGUGAUCAGUGUUAUGGCUUCUCUCUCAUUUCACAAGGUGAUUUCUAAAAGAUGCUGCACCCUUACUGUCAUGGAUCUGCUUCUAACCCAGAAUCUCUUCCCCCUCCACUCACUAAACCCCAUCUGAUUAAUCCUCUAUCUCCUUUCCCUUACCCCCACCACUCCCCACCCCCUCCCACUUCUCCUUAAGCUGUUAGCUUAAAAAAAAAAAUCUCUGACACUCAAAGGUGUUUGCACACAUAUUCACCUAAGGAGGGAAGCAAGCAAAGGAGUUUGUACUUCCCCUGUGGACAUGCUAUGUAUACAUAGGCAAUGAGCAGGGCUUGGGAUGAAGGAAUCUAGCUUGAGUGAUGGGGUAUGAACCCUAUAGAUAGUAGUCCCUUGACUCACUGAGGAAAAAGGGCCCUGAGCCACUGGGGAAUGGCAUAAGUUGACUGCUGGAUGAAGGGUACAAAUGGGGACAGUCUGUCCGCCAAUGUUCAAAAGGGAACAAAAAGAGAAAGAGGGGGAGAAAAGAUGCCUGUGCUUCCCAUUUCCACACUUAACAAGCACAGAAUCCUCUGCUUUUGUGAUGCUGUUGAAGGUAGGGGUAGAGGCAGGAAGGUCAAGGAAGGAAGGGACUAAUAUAUAGGGGAGAGAAAUCUUAUGAUUGUAAUGGAUACCUGUAGGAUAGCAGGGUUUAAAUCAGGGAUUUCUGUGAUGCUGGUUGGUCUUUCCACACACAGAGAAGAAAGAUGUCAUUGCAUAGUGAUGCUAUCAUAAAGAUGGUACCCUUUCUUAAGGGCAAGAAAGUUAAGAGAGUUUGGUGCUGUGAAAAGCGCAUUAAAGGAAAUCAAACAGGAGUUGAGGUCUGUACUAGAAAGCUGGACCAUAUAAGUCUUGGUAUCAAUGCAUAGCCAAAGAGGCAGGUUCAGGGAGAUGACAUAAAAGCCAGUUCAUUAGAUGAGUGAGUUGGAUGCUAUUCUGAUGAUGUUUAAGAUCUGAAUUGACUGAAAGAAAUAUUAGGCUAGAAGAAUCACUAUAUUUAUGUUACAGUAGAGCUGUUUUUAAAUAUGUUAACCAAGUUAACAAAAUUAGCACAGAAGAAAGGGCCUUCUCUAUUAUCAGUCUACAAAUGCACCAUCUCUGUGGUGAAAAAGACUUUAAAAGCUGAUUUAUGUUCUGGGAAAGAAUCAAGUCACUUUCACAACACUGGAGUCAGGCCUUCUAGGACACCUUACAAACAUUGCUUCAUGUACUCAUGCGUCAAAAAAAGGACUGAGCCUAAAAUUUGGUGUCUCCAAGUUAAAGAUCUAACUCCAUGUGCAGAAAGAGGCAGCAUUUUUAGUAAAUGUUCUUUUGUGUUGUUAUUGUUGUUAAUCAAGGAAAUGUCAUGAUGCCAUUUUCAUGGCAUUUGCUCUGUGGUGUGUGUGUGUGUGUGUGUGUGUGUGUUUAACAAACUGUAUUUCUUGCAUUUUGUUGUUGUUAGGAAGGAUAAUCACAUGUACAACAGCAUGACUUGUUUAAAGGUAUAGUGAAGGUAAUAAGAAAGGCAAGGAGGGUUUGGAAAAGUUUAUUCAGAACGCUAAGAAAGUAUAGCAAGGAGGGUGAGAAACCACAGUAUUACAUGGCUAGUAUAAAAAAACAAGAAAUGGUUGAAUCUCGAGUUGCACUCUAAGCAAUUCUAGCUACAUGAAACUUGCAGCUCAAAAAAGAAAUUGUGAACACAACUGCAUUAGCAUGAAGUCUUUAAAAGGAAAAUGACACAAAAGUAUUUGCUAAUUGGAAUUUCUAUUUAUUCCUUUUACUGAAUAUAGAAGCAAAGGUUAUCUGAUUAUUAGAGAUAUGCUUUUGGAUAUGUUGCUUAGUACCUUGCUGUGGCUGGUAACCAUGAUAAUGUCUGUUAUUAAUAACCACAUCAGUCAUUUUUAAAAGCUUAUUUUUCAUUGACUGUGUAUAGGUUAGUUAUCUACUUAGUUGUGUUUUGCUGUUUAGUGUUUUAAUUAAAAAAAAAACAGGGUUUCUGUUAAAUUUUAGAAGACUACCCCUGCUCUAUGUGGGGCCUGUAUUGACUGCAGGUAUAGAGCUCAAUUUAAAAAAAAAAAUCCUAAAGCAAAAGAAAUCUAUUUAUUUAAAAAAAAACCAGUUGCAUGCAUAACGCUGUGAAGUCAGAUAUUUAGUAAUAAAGCGGCAGUGCCUUUUUUUGUAUUUACCCAUUUACUCCAAAUGCAACUGUUUUAUAAUAAGCAAAUGUAAGAUGAUUUUUUUUAAAAAAAAAUCAGAAUAAUGACUUUCACUACAUAUAUUUUUUUGUUCUUGUUCUGAUUUCAGCGAUGUAUUCUUAGCAUCUCUGCACACUGCUCCAGCUACAGUAGUGUGCUGCUACAAUAUUCUUAUCCUUAUGUAUGAUGUUUAUUGGUGCUUUUUAUUCAUAGUGGUUUCUUACCAUUACCAAUAGGAAGAGACACACACCCUAUGUAUACAACAUGAAACAUUGCUGCUGAUUUGUUCUCACAUGCUUUGGGUUCCACUUCUUAAAUGAUGGCUGGCAAGCCAAAUAGACCCUAUGAGGUCUGCAGAGUGAUGGUUUCUGGGCCAAGAAGCUAUCCAAUCCUCGUGUCUGAUUUGUACCAAGAAAUAGGGCUACAGCUGACAACCACCACCUCCCCUUCCCACUUCCUACCUUCCCCCAACCCCAUACAUACACUUCUGUUACCCUUUGUUUGAGAAACAUUGAGGAAAACAUGCUUUUCUUUUGAGGUGUCAUUUUCUACCUUUCAGUAAGUAGAAGCAUUCCCAGCAGCCCUUUUUUCCCCUCAUACCACCCCUAUCCCCCAGCCUGCUACAGACACAGGAUUUGUGUCUCCUCUCCAUUGUCAACUAGAAACUUGAGAGCAUCUCCUCCAGCCCAGGCAAGCACAGAGAUUCAAAACCAGGACUAUGACAUGCUUGCCACCGGGUUGGGCUGGGCUGGACUUUAUACACAGAGGAUGGACAACUGAAAAGAGGAGAGAAGCAGCACAGGGAAUGAGCAGAACCCAAGUUUGUCUCUCCUUCAGAAAUCUCUGCAGUCAGUCCUAGUUUGGGGUACAGAAAGAUGAUACAACUUUAGGCUUUCUGAAUGUGCCUGAUGACAAGUAGAUCCUGCAGAAGUAUAAUUUGCACACACAGCUAUAAUAACACUAAUGUUGAUUUUAUACAAAUCAUCAGAGUUUGCAAAGUGAGUUUUAUUUUUUGUAAUUCCUUUAUCUUUACUUAAAGGUGAAUGUGUAUUCCUCUGGGAGGAAUAGGAAGCAAACAGGAAUGUUAAUAAUGUUAAACAGAAUACUUCCUCCCUUAUUAAUAUAUAACCCUUAUGUAUUUAUGCAUAAUGUAAGCUGACUUUUAAAAAAAGCUUUGCCUUUUUUUGUUGUUGCAUGCCCCAUGCGAGCAAGCGAUAUUGUACAUGCAUGCAUUUAGUCCUCUUUUUCUGUACAAAAUUAGUGCAUAAAGGGAUAUUUUUGCCUAGUUUAUGUUGCCAAGCAAUGCAUAUUUUUAAAUUUUUUUUGGUCAUAUAUGGAAAUAGCAUGUUUGUUACAUGUAAAAGCUUUACUGAUAUACAGAAAUACUAAUGUUUGAAGAUGCCCUUCUUGGCAAGUAUACAGUUUUCAAAUGUUGUUACCAGUGAAAACACCCUUGUGGUUUAAACUUGCUACAAUGUAUUUAUUACUCAUUUCCUCCCAUGUAACUAAGAAAUCAUGGCUAUAUUUCAUAUAUUGAAAGUGAAGGGAGAUGAUUAAUACAAGGUUUUGUAACA